AUGGAAACAUUAAUGAUCACAUAAGAUAAUGAAUAACCAAAAUCAACUAAUUUCUAAACAACAAUUAAAUUAAUAAAAGUAACAGUAGGUUCAGGUAUAUUUGCAAUGCCAUAUGCUUAUGCUUAAGCAGGAUUAUGGUGGGGAAUAAUAUUAUAAUUAUUAGUUUGUACAACAUAAUAUUCAUCAUGGUGUAUUAUGGUGAAUUGUUUAGGAGAUAGAAAGCGAUUAACUUUAAUUUAAUAUCUAUCUUAAACAUAUGGAGAAAAUAGUUUUAUUUACACAUUAGCCAAGAAUAUGUCUAUUAUAUUAAAUUUUGGAUGUGGUUUAUCUUAUAUAAUUUUAUUUCAAAUCACAAUAGGAUCAUAUUUUGAAUAUAGUUUAUAGAGUCAAAUAAUUAUAUUUGUGCUAUUAUUUAUAAUCAUAUUCGGUUUUUCAUUUGCUCAGAAUCUUUAAAUAUUUGUACCUAUUUUAAAGUAAGUAUUAUUAAUAGUAUAUAUUUCAUUUGCAUAUUUAUCUUUCUUAGCUAUAAUUGAAUUAAAUAAAUGGAAAUUAACAGAAUCGAAUACUGAUAAAGUUAUGAUUGCUUUUGGUAUCAUGAUAUUUGCAUAUGAUAUGAAUGGUGUUUUAACUGAAAUUAGAAUUGAAAUGGAAGAUACUAGUCAUUUUUAAAAAUGUCUAUUCGAAGCUAUGACAUUAGAAACCAUCUUAUUUAUGUUUUUUGGAAUUACUAGUUCAUUAUUAUUUUAAACAAAUACUAAUUAAUCUAUUAUUACAAAUUAUUAAGAACAAUUCAAACAUAAUUAUUCAAUCUUAAUUACUUUAUCAAUUUUAAUGAUUACUUAUGUAUCGAUUCUCAUUAUCAAUACUUUAAUGGUAAAUAUGCCAUUUUAUUUAAUAAUUAAUUCUAUAUUUAAUAAGAAAGAAUUAUAUCAAAUGAAAAUUAUAUAUGUUCUUACUUAAAUGGUAAUUCAUUAAAUAUCUAUAUAGUUAAUUGCAUUUCUGUAUCCCAAUUUCGCAAUAGUUUUAUCUAUUUUUGGAUGUGUUUGUUGUGUAACUCUUGGAUAUAUUAUUCCAUAUUAUAUGACUUUUAGAUUCAAAGUUGAACCUCUAAAUCGAAUAAUCAACACAGCUGUUGUUUUGUUUGGAAUUUUUGGAGGUUUUUAUGGACUUCUUGGUUGUUUUGGUUGA